UACAUCACUUUCUCUUGUUUGAUUGGUUGGCUUUGCUGUUUAAACAAAUCAUGUGGAGCUUCUUCUUCCUCACAACAAGAAACUGUACACAGACACAGAUUUAUAAUCUUUCUCAUGCUGUAGCCAAUUACCCACUCUUCCUCAUAAAAUCUCCAAUCCUUUCUGACUUGUGAAAGGAACAGAGGGGAAGCUAUCUCCUUUAUAUAUAUACAUUUCCUAUCUUUUUAGUUUAUUCGUUCUGCCAUGGCGGAGCCAAAGAAGUACGUUUCACAAGCAGAGCUUCAGAAGCAUAAUAGGCCUGAGGAUCUAUGGAUCUCGAUACAGGGGAAGGUCUAUAAUGUCACCGAUUGGUCCAAGGUUCACCCUGGAGGUGACCUUCCGUUGCUUCAACUUGCUGGCCAAGAUGCUACAGACGCCUUCGUUGCUUACCAUCCUGGUACCGUUUGGAAAUAUCUCGACAAGUUCUUUACUGGGUAUUAUCUUGAAGACUACUCUGUCUCUGAGGUUUCAAAAGACUAUAGAAAAUUGGUUGCUGAGUUCUCAAAAAUGGGUCUUUUUGAAAAGAAAGGGCAUAUUACAUUUAUUUCUCUAUGCUUCAUGGCAAUGUUGCUAGUUUUGAUUUUUUAUGGGAUUUUUUGCUCGAAUAGCACAUGGGUACAUCUGCUCUGUGCUGCUUUCACCGGGUGUUUGUGGAUACAGAGCGGGUGGCUUGGACAUGAUUCUGGGCAUUAUCAGAUCAUGACAAGCCGUGGAUUCAAUCGCGCAGUGCAGAUUAUCACUGGCAAUUGCGUUGCAGGAAUUAGUAUUGGCUGGUGGAAGAGGAACCACAAUGCCCAUCACAUUGCUUGUAAUAGUCUUGAUUUCGAUCCAGAUCUGCAGCACAUGCCUUUCUUCGCGGUAUCUUCGAAAUUUUUCAGUUCACUGACCUCUUAUUUUUAUGAAAGGAAGAUGAAUUUCGAUUCUGUUACUAGGUUCUUGGUCAGUUAUCAGCAUUGGACUUUUUAUCCUGUUAUGUGUGUUGCCAGGAUUAAUUUGUUUGCACAGUCUAUCUUGCUCUUGUUAUCUAAGAGAAAGGUACCCAAUAGGGUUCAAGAGAUUGUGGGAGUACUUGUGUUUUGGAUUUGGUAUCCUUUACUCCUUUCUUGCUUACCCAAUUGGGGAGAGAGAGUGAUGUUUGUUCUUGCCAGUUUCACUGUUACUGGCAUUCAACAUGUUCAGUUCUGUCUGAAUCAUUUCUCAUCCAAUGUUUAUGUUGGUUCUCCUAACGGAAAUGAUUGGUUUGAGAAGCAAACAAAGGGCACACUCAAUAUAAAUUGCUCUUCCUGGAUGGAUUGGUUUCAUGGUGGAUUGCAGUUCCAGAUUGAGCACCACCUGUUUCCUCGAUUGCCUCGCUGCCAUCUUAGAAAAGUCUCACCUUUUGUUAGGGAGCUAUGCAAGAAGCAUAAUUUGCCUUACCAUAGUGCAUCGUUUUGGAAUGCUAAUGUAAUGACAAUUAGGACUCUUAGAGCUGCAGCCUUGCAGGCUAGAGAUUUUGCAAAUCCGGUUCCAAAGAAUUUAGUUUGGGAAGCUGUUAAUACUCAUGGAUGAGAUGGGGAUCCUCUGAAGCUUUCCGAGGUUGCAGGGCCUCAAUUGUUUGUGCCUAUUCAACAUCCUGCUGUGUUUCAGGCAUUUUUAAUAUCAGUGGGAGAGUAAUUAUCUGUCACUUCUUGGACGCUUCAAUUGUCUCUUAUAUGAGCUUUAUAUUCAUAAGUUGGUUAAUGUAGUUUUCGGAGUAUUGUAAAGAUCAUUUCUGCCGAUUGCCCACAGGCUGGCUGCCGUAGUUCUUUCUUCUCUUGUUUUGUGUAGUAGUAUUGUACUUCUUGCUUUCGAGUAUCCUUUGGAUUUCUUUUGUAAAUUUGUUUUGCAUUUGAUUUUUAUCACAAAUCAAAUGUAAAGUAAUUGGUCCAUUGCCAGAGUUAAUUUCAACUUUGAAGAUCUUUUGAAAUUUCCUUA